AUGCAGGCCAUCUCGACAGCAACAGCAACACGUGUUAAUCUAGGUCCACUAACAACCACCUUCAGUCCGCCAGGCGACUGUACAUCGCUACGAUUUAUUACAGAAGAUGUUGUGUUCAUGGGAGCAGCCAUUGGCUACGGCUGCCACGGGGUUCAAUGGUCAAGUGUGCCGUGCACCACCGGUAGUGGCGGCGUACCUACUAAUGGCGCAUUUACAUGUCCCGUUGCCCGAACAGCUACAGAUGGAAUAUAUAGUGGUAUGGUAACGACAGAUUGGUUAUGCUCAUCUUGCAACGUUGAGAUUAGUAGCAGUUAUCGCGAUUUUUCUCUUACCCAGUCAUGCUACCCUCCAAAGUUCGCUUCCUCUUUUAAGCCAACGAGCUAUGACACUGGAAAGUGGCCUUCACACCCCCCGAUAUACUCUCCUGGGCUUGCUUGCCCUUCUGGAUAUUUGCCUACGUGUACCGUAGAGCGCAUCAAAGGGUCUACGAACUCGGCGGCGGCGGCGGCGACAAAUGCCAACAACGUUAUUUGGAGCAUGUUGCAUGAAGGCGAAAUUGCAAUAGGGUGCUGUCCAUCUAAUUAUGCCUGCGAUCCGAACUCUCCACAUCUCUGCAUCUCGACACCACCCCCCGGCGAUAUUAUUGCAGUAACAGACGGAAUAUCAUGUUCUAGUGGCACAGCGGCAUCUGCGAGUCCCACUGCCUUGAGCGCCGAAGCCAUAAGAAUACUCUUAGUCAAGUCAAGUGAUCCAACUGCGGCGUCCGACGGUACAUCAACCAACGACCUGUCGUCAAAGAAAUCUUUUGGGAACGGAGCAAAAAUCGCAAUUGGAAUAGUUAUUCCUGUGGUUGCGCUCCUCAUAGGCGCAGCGGCCUUAUAUUUCCUAAGACGCAGGAAGCGACUACAAAAACAGACGUCAGAUCAAGAAGUUUUAUCCGAAGGAGACAGGUCAGAUCUAGGUCUGAAAGCGGAAUUGCCAGGCAGUAUCGCUGCCGCCAUAUCUGGAUCAAAGGGUGUCGUCUAUCAAAAGCCUGAGCUCGAUAAUACUGUUAUCGCGAUUUUACCUGAACUAGCUACCGACCCCCCUCGCGACGAGAUACAGGAGUUACAUGGUAAUACCCUUACAGUAAAGCCAACUGAUGCCAUAGCACCAGCUUCCAAGCCCCAUGACUUAAUUGGCCACAGUGUGGUUAGGGAAGAUGAACAAAACCCAGUUGGCACUUUGUCUGGCACGAAUCUCGGCAAUCCCUCAGAAUUAGGGCUGUGGAACUGGAGCAAUUUCGACACACAGAUUGGAUCUAAUGAAUCAUAUGAGCAUCGAGCGACCAAUGGGCAUGAAUAA